AUGCGUGCCGACUACGCAUGGGAGGUCGCCGAGCGCGAGGAGCUCAAAGCGAAGGCUACUUACGACGUCCUCUCUUCCAAACACGAACAGGGUCUCCCGGAUGACUACACCAAUCCUGAGGCCGACAGCAUUUCCGUCCCCGCCAUCCUCUCCAUCUAUCCCACCCGAUCUGCUUGGGUUCGCGACAACCAGUCCGCACUACAAGCCUCCUCCCGUCACCGCAAAGGGCUCGUCGUUCAAAUCAUGUACCUCAACGCCCUCCGAAAUACCAAAGCCCCGCUCCUCCUCGACCGCUCAGACCGCAUCAACAACGCCGAAUGCGAGACCGCCCUCGUCAAAAACCUCAGAAACUGGCUCGACUUCUGCGCCCGCGUCCCGCACCUCAGCGCCCAAGCCUGGAAACGCGCCACCUGGUGUGAACUCCUCGAGACAGAAUACCGCAAGAUGGAGCCCGAGUGGAUCAAGUUCUGGGACUACCAAGAGUCAGCCCACAAGCAACUAUGGUCUGGUGGGAACGAGUACCGAGACAAGAAACACGCCUUCUGCACCCUCCUCAAACAGCACUGCACCAAGAAGCUCUUCCUGCAACGCAAGAUCUUGGAGUCGACAGACGUCCUGCCUGAACUCUACGCCCCGGAGAUUCCAUGGUUGGACAUGGACGUGAGACUGCUGAGAUACAACACCCGCGACGGCAUGCCUCUCUUGAAACCCAUUUUCUUCACGGCAGGAAACAAGCAUUUCAUGGACAGCGGCAUGACCGUGGGCGAGGUUGAGGCGGAGAUCGUGGAGCUGAGCAUGGAGUUGGAGAGCGACGAUGGCGACGAUGGCGACGAUACUAAUAAUACUACCCGCAUUGUCGAAGUAAUUGACGACUCCGACGAAGCGCAAUAA